UCAAUUAUUGAUUCAUCACUGUGAAAUCGAAUCAAGACAAGAACAUAAUGUUUUUCUCAAACUCGUUACACGCUAACGCUGCUCCACAGCAUUUCGAGCGUAUUGCAAAAAUUCUGCAGGCAAAACGACGGGCUGGAGAUUUUAGCACUUGUGAUGUGAAAAUUCAGUUGAAAACUGGAUUUGAUAUGGUUCAUUCGGUUGUUAUUUGUGCUCAUUCGGAUGUCUUCAGUGAGACUUUCGACAAUCAACGUGCACCUUAUCAGCCAUUCAAUAUGACUGAUUUCGAUCCAGAUAGCGUGAGACGUGUAUUUGAUUGGAUGUAUUCUGGCGAAAUUGACAUUCCGGAGACUACAAUUGCUGAUGUGCUUGCUGUUGCUUCGUAUCUUCGUGUGACCAUGUUGCAACGUCAAAUUGAACAAAAGAUUCUAAACCACAAUGGAUCACCAAUUAUGGCUCUCAAUAUUGCAUCGGCGCGUGCUUUUUCGGUUAUGGAUCAUACAAUGAACGACUUGGUCCAUGGAUUUACAGAGAAAAUGACUGGGUUGGGCAUUGAUGAGGUGGCAAAACUCACUGCUAACUCAAUGAUUGCUGUAAUGGCAGCAGUUCUUCCAAUGAAAAAGAAGGUUCCACUCGUUAAUAUGUUCAUCUCUUGGAUCGUUUGUAAACAGCCGGAAAGGGAAACAAUCAAUACGAUCAUUCAAAGUCUGGUGAUUAGUGACAUCACUUAUGACACAUUGUAUGCUAUUCGUUACUCGCUGAAACAAUACCUCACAAAUUCGGAAAUCGCCUCGAAAUCCCAACUGACGAUCUCUCCAAGUGGCACUAUUGAAAUUAAGAUUGUACCCAAAAAAGAGAGCAUGGUAUCUGAGAAGAGUAGUUCGUUGCAUUCUGUUGUCGAGCUUCCACCCAAUCAGUAUUAUCGGACACGUUCCGAGAUCUCUGCAAUUGAUAAGAUGCCCGAUCCGUUCGUCAGAAAUCUUCCGAGAACCCAAUCUGCAAGUAGUAUGAUAGCUCGUCCAAGAAGCAGUGGCGGUUUCCCACAGUAUUUCACUCGAAGCGAAGUUGAGGAUCUUCAACAGAUGACCGAUCCGUUUAGUAAAUCUGAACGUGGAAUGACUCCAACUAGAGGACCACCAAUGGGAUUCAGCAGUGUCCAGUGCACUGUCAAAUAUCCAGGAUGGUCGAAGGAUGUGAUGGAGACUAACAAGGAAAUGUAUAAGCAGUGCAAGAUGAAUGGAAGAUACAUUUUAUCGGAAGCACAAACCGAAUCAAAUGCUCCAGUAUUUUUGAGACCAGCUGUUGGCGGAAAGGUUUCCAGCUCUCGUGGCGCUUUGAGCAACUUGAGCAACUCGGAGCAAAACAAAAAGUAUGGAAGAGGAGUCACUCAAAGUUUUUCUGGACAUUCUCUGAACGACAAUGACCCCAUGCCAAAGGAACAUGAUCCAAAAGUGCAACCAUCAGUGAUAAUUUCUUGUUUGUCCCUUCCAACAACUUCGCCCGUAUCUGUGGUUAAACCGAAGAUGACUGGGGUUAAGAAAACGGAUUCAGAGAUUAUGGAGAUCAAUGCAUUGCCAUCUUCUUUCAAUUCCAAUUCUUUCUACACUGCAAAAACUAGCAAUACUUCUGGUCAUUCGAAUGAUCAAUCUGCUGGCAAAUCGGAAAAGUCACAAAGAUCUCAGAAGUCGGAGAAGUCUCAAAAGCUCAAGAAACCAAUUCCACAAUCCCAGUAUUUGUACCCCAACUAGGCAGUUUACGAAAUCAAACAAUCAAUCAAUCUGUAUUAUUCAAUUACUCAAUCUCGGAGAAUAAAGUUUUUAGAGUU